AUGGCGAUCGCCGCGGAUUCCACCGCCGAGCAAGCCCCGAACCCUGCUCCCCACGAGCCUUCGGACGAGCCCCGCAAGGCUCCCGACCAGCCCGACCGUGGCGAGGACAAUGGGGUCGACUUCGACGAGGAGGAGGACGAUCCAGAGGAGCUGGACAGGCCGGCGGCGUACAAGGAGAAGGUGAAGGCCGUCUUCCGUCGCCUGCACGCCGAGCCCGUCCGCAUCCGCGUCCACGACGUCAUCAUCAGGGGCAAUUUCAAGACCCGCGGCUCCCUCAUCGAGGAGGAGGUCGGCGACCUGCUCCGCUCUGCCGGUACCGUGCAGGGCCUGGUGCGCGCCUCCAGCCAUGCCAACGCGCUGCUGCGCCGUCUCGACGUGUUCGACUCCGUCUCCAUCACCCUCGACGCCGGUCCGCCGGGGUUCCCCGGUACUGCGAACGUCACCAUCCAAGUCGUGGAGGCGGCCAGACCCUACAAUCGUGGCAUCUUCUUCUUCCCCAAGAAAGAGGUAAUAUCAUGGCCAGUUGAAGGAUGGUUCAUGUUGAAGAACCUAUUUGGUUACGGGGACAUGUGGGAUGUUUCAGGGGAAUAUGGUUGGGAUCAGUCAUCAAAGAUAGACAUUGGAGUGUACCUGCCAAGAUUGAAAUCAAUACCAACACCUUUGACGGCUCGGGCAUCAAUCCUUUCCGAAGAUUGGCUGAAGUUUUCAUCAUACAAGGAGCAUCUUCUUGGCCUUAAGUUUGGUUUGCUUUCAACCUGGCACCAUAACUUGUCUUAUGAUCUGGCAUGGCGUACCGUAACUGAUCCCUCACAAAUGGCAUCAGAAUCCAUAAGGAGGCAGCUAGGCCACAAUCUGCUUUCUGCACUGAGUUAUGCAUAUAAAAUAGAUAAAAGAGAUUCAGAAUUCCGGCCAACAAAAGGAUAUGCAUUUGUCUCAACUUCUCAAGUUGGUGGUCUAUGGAAAAAUGGAUUACGAUUCUUCCGCCAGGGGUUUGAUGUUCGCGGCGCUGUUCCAUUCGGUUUUUGCAAUGCUGCCCUUAAUGUUGGCAUAUCAGCAGGGGUGAUUCUACCUUUGAGCAGAGGAUUUAUGGAAUUGCCUUCACCUGUCCCUGAUAGAUUUUACCUAGGAGGUCUUUCUUCCCCUGUAUGCAGCCUUGGUGUGAUAUCAUCUCUGUUGGGUUUCAAAACAAGAGGAGUUGGCCCAUCCGAACCACAGAGAUCUGUCCCAGGCGAGUCAGUUACGGUCGACGCUGCUGCCUCUACAGGGAGGGAUUACUUGGGAGGCGAUCUUGCUGUUUCUGCAUUUGCUGAUCUAUCCUUUGAUUUGCCCCUAAAGCUGUUCAGAGAUAAUGGAAUUCAUGGUCAUGCAUUUCUUUGUGCUGGAAAUCUUGCCAAGUUGUCUGAGGGUGAGUUUAAGAAUUUCUCAUUCCCUGAGUUUCGGCGCACAUUCAGAAGCUCUGCUGGUGUUGGCAUUGUCUUUCCAACCUCACUUUUCUGGAUGGAGUUAAAUUACUGCCAUAUCUUGAAGAAACAUGAACAUGAUCAUGGAAAGAGUGGAAUUCAGUUCAGCUUCUCCUUGGAGUAG